ACCCACUAAACCCUACUUGGAACCCGACAUCCGACUCCGACUAGUUCGGCCUCAUCCACCAAUACGAACCUCCAUUGCUGCAUCCACACCAUGACUCACGAUGACCCUUCCCCGCUAUCAUCAGCAUAAGCAGCAGAAUGACUCCUCCCCCUCGCCCCAGAAAAUGUAUAUAAAAUCCCUCCCGCAGGCUCAAAAAACAACCUCUCCCCAUUUCAUAUUCUCUACCAAAACCCCCAACAUAAAAGCCAAAAUGACCUUCACAAUCCGCCCCGCAACCGAACACGAUGCCGCCGAGCUCGCAACCAUCAACAUCGCCAGUUUCCGGCACCAGCCAUUCUGGAAAAACCUCUUCCCUUCCGCCACCAAUUCCACCAAGGACAUCACCACAGCCCUACCUUUGAAAACCGCCCGCUGUCUCUCUAAGCUCGCCGCCCCGGAAGUCCACGUCUUAGUGGCUACUGACACCACCACGGGCAAGAUAAUAGGAUAUGCUCGAUGGGCAUUUCCAGCCUCUGAUAAGGAAACAAGCAUCGUGGAGUUGUCCGCUGAGGGAAAGGAGUUGUUCGAGAAGCAUGAUAAUGGAAAGGCAUUUCCUGAGGAUAUGAGGAGGGAUGUCUAUGAGGCUUUUUGGAAGAUGUUGAAGGAUAAGAGUGAGGUUUUGGUGCAAGAGAAAGAUUUUGUAUUGGAAUUCCUGGCUACAUUACCCGAAGCACAAGGCAAAGGAGUCGGAACGGCAUUAUUGAAGUGGGGUAUUGAGCAGGCGGAUAAGCGAAACGCGAGGGUUUAUCUUGAGGCUACGGAGGAUGGGUAUGCGCUUUAUAAGAAGUAUGGGUGGGAGGAUUUGGAGGUCAUGGAGAUGGACUUUGAGGAGUUUGGGGGCGCGGGGAGGCAGAAGUGGAUUGCGAUGAUGAGGGGACGGGCCGGGGAGGGGGAUGCUUAAGUUUAGUUAGUGAGUUGGUAGAUUUUGUAUAGGUGAGAGAAGUAAUUUCUGUUGGUUAUAUAUAAAAGGUUGGGUUUGGGAUGGGAUGGAUGUAUCUUGUUGAUUGAGCUUGAUUAUAUAUAUGAUAUGUUACACAAGGCGCUACACGAAAUGAUACAUGCACGUCAUGGCUACUAAUUCGGACAACAAACGAAAUCUCGCGUCGUUUGGGCCUUGGGAAAGUACAUCUCGCUACUUCUGAAGUCCACAUUCAAG